AUGGCCUCGCACAAAGCGAAGAUGAACACGGCUACAGCGGUGAUGUUGCGGCUCUAUGUGUCCCUGGCUGCGCGCGGCACAUAUGCAAUGCCCGAUCGAUCCAUGCAAAUCCAUGCUAUUGGUGUUUACGAAUCCGCUUCGCAAGCGACGGAAGGCAUCCGGGACGAAGUACAUCGUUUCCCUAUCGCAGCUAGUUACACCGACGAUUUCGAAGACAGCGAUGAUAACAUAGCAGUUGCCAUUAUCACCGAAAACUCGAAUUCGGUUUUUCAUCUAGUCUCUCGCUAUGUUCGACUGCUGAGCGGGCUCAUGGGCAACAAAGUAGAUAGAGAACUCAUCAGCAAAGGAGGCAAGCAGAAAAGUGGGAAAAAAAGCAUGGGAAAGAAGAUAAAGAAGGGAAAGAAGAAACAAGGGAAAUGUACAUGCGAGGAAGACGACGACGAAGACGUGGCAUCUUCUCCGUCUGCUUCUCUUCAUCAGGGCGACAAUAAUGUUGAACGACGGAUGUAUGAACGUGAAGACAACGAUGGAGACGAUGACGACGACAACGAUGGAGACGAUGACGACGACAACGAUGAAGAUGAUGAUGAGGACGAUGUUGACAAUGAUGAUGAGGACGAUGAUGAGGACGAUGAUGAUAAUGAUGACGAGGACCGUGCAUGUGAAGAUGAAGACGAGGAUUCUGAAGAAUCUAGCGGUCAUGGCCAUAAGAAAAAAUAUGUUGCAAUUUAUGGUCUAGAAUCAGGCAAAUAG